AUGCCGCAUAUUCCCACAGGCAAUGUCCGUAGUAGUCGUAAACGCGCAUUAUGCAUUGGUUGCAACUAUCCGGCAUCUGCAUCGCCCCUUUACGGUGCUUGUGCCGAUGCCUUCCUCACAGCACAUACACUGCAGUCCCUGUUUGACUUCCCAGUUGAGAACAUCUGU